UUUUAUAGUUCUUAUCGUUGUCUUCCACAUCUCCUAGAACUUAUUGAGACUUUAGCAGUGAUAGACCUGAUCAUAGUAGUUUUUGGUUUAACAUUGUUAUAAUUCUAUUGUUAGGGUUUUCCAUUCUUGUAAAUAUUUUGUGAUAUUUUUCUUUUCUAUGCUUUAUACACUUGUAUAUAUUCAUAUUUUUGGUGAAUGAAUAGAGUAUUCUGAUUCUUUCUCAAACCUAAGAGUUUCACAUGGUAUUAGAGUUCUCUAAAUAAAUUUAGGGUUUUGUGAACCUUAAGGUUUGAGAAUUUAGAACCCGUUUGUGAUACGUUUAGGGUUUUGUGGAGAGGUGAGUUUACACUUUUUGCUCACAGUCGCCGUCGUUAGCUGGCGGCGGCGGCGGAAAAAAAAAGCUAUUUUUUCGACACCGCCCAGUCCAUCGAGGAGCCCAGAUACCGAUCUACAAAACCCCAAAGUCCGGAUCUCAUCUGACCAGCGCGUGGGGUUCACGUGCCGCUUGUUCCAACUUGCCGUCCGUCCAUGCGCCGGCGCGUGCACCAUCGAUUUUGGUUCGUCUUCUGUGGGUUUCCUUAGUGUUGUUGACUCUUCUUGGUGGUGUGUUUGUUUGGGAUAUAUAGAUAUACUCACUGCUUGUAAAGACAUCUCUUCGGUAAAUUAAUGUUUGAUUCUCUGCUGUCCGGUGUCUAUUUUUUGAGGUAAUGGCUGAUAAGAAACUAGUAAUGUCUAAGAUUGUUCCUAUGGUGUCAAAAGUAACUGAACACAAGUUGAAUGGACCCAACUACUAUUCAUGGAGAUCAAAUCCAGGUGGGGUUGUUUGCUAUUAUUGUCAUAAACCUGGCCAUACGAAAUGUGAAUGCAGAAGAUUGCUGAAUAAGAGUCAGAGGAUGCCAUCACCCUCUGCACAUGUUGCCUCUACUCCCGAUAAUCUUGACAAGUCAAUUACGAUUUCUGCAGAGGAGUUUGCUAAAUUUCAGCAGUAUCAAGAGUUAUUGAGGGCAUCAUCUUCUACUCCCAUUAUGACCAUCGCAGAGACAGGAUUUUACAACGAAACAAACUAUUGGUAAAGGGCGUGAAUUUGGAGGUCUUUACAUCUUUGAACCACAAACACCUACGGCCAUCACAUGCUCUAGCGUAUCGUCUCCCUUUGAAGAGCAUUGUCGUUUGGGUCAUUCGUCCAUCUCUGUGUUGAAAAGUCUUCGUCCACAACUUCAACAUUUGUCUUCUUUAGAUUGUGAGUUAUGUCAGUUUGCUAAAUUUCAUCGUUUGAGUUUGUAUCCUCGAGUCAAUAAACGAGCGAGUGCUCCUUUUGAAUUAGUCCAUUCUGAUGUUUGGGGUCCAUGUCCUGUUGAGUCCAAAGGAGGGUUUAGGUAUUUUGUUACAUUUGUCGAUGACUAUUCUCGUGUUAUGUGGUUAUAUUUAAUGAAAAGUCAUUCUGAGUUACUUUCUCAUUUUCGUAACUUUCAUGUUGAAAUUCAAACUCAGUUUAGUUGUGCUCUUAAAAUCCUACGGAGUGAUAAUGCUAAGGAAUAUUUCUCUCAUACACUCAAGUCUUAUUUAGAUGCCCAUGGCAUUCUUCAUCAAUCUUCUUGUGUCGAUACUCCAUCUCAAAAUGGGGUUGCAGAACGAAAGAAUCGUCAUCUCCUUUAGACAGCCAGAGCUUUGAUGUUUCAGAUGCAUGUUCCAAAAUCCUUUUGGGCUGAUGCUGUCUCCACAGCUUGUUUCUUAAUAAAUCGCAUGUCCUCUUCCAUUCUUAAGGGUGAGAUACCUUUUCGUACUUUAUGCCCCAAGCAACAUUUGUUUCCCAUUCCACCCAAAAUAUUUGGUUGUACCUGCUUUGUUCGGGAUGUUCGGCCUCAGCAUACCAAGCUGGAUCCAAAGUCCUUAAAAUGUAUUUUCCUUGGUUAUUCCCGUGUCCAAAAGGGGUAUCGAUGUUAUUGUCCUAGUCUAAAUAAAUAUUUUGUCUUUCCUGAUAUCACGUUUUUUGAACAUACCCCAUUUUUUUCAUCAUCGCCUUUCUCUUCGAAUAAGAGUCAGGGGGAGCAUAAGGAAUUAGAGGAUGAUUUCCUUGUCUACACAGUUAUUUCUCCUUUCGAUCCUCUUCCUGUGGCUACCUCUACUCUUCCACCCAUCGUUAAGGUCUAUACUCGACGACAACCUCCUUCAGUUCCAUGCCCUGUACCAGAGUCUUCUUCGUCAUUGGACCCAAAAACGAGUGAUGAUCUUCCUAUUGCUCUUUGUAAAGGUAAACGUACAUGUGCUCAUCCUAUUUCCUCUUUUGUUUCAUAUAACCAUUUUUCGCCUUCCACACGUUCAUUCAUUGUAUCCUUAGAGUUUGUAUCCAUCCCGGGAACUGUUCAUGAGGCUUUGUCUCAUCCUGGUUAGUGUGCCACAAUGGUGGAGGAGAUGACUGCCUUAGAUGAUAAUUGUACUUGGGAUUUAGUUUCUCUCCUUGAAGGAAAGAAGGCUAUCGGUUGCAAAUGGAUGUUUGUAGUUAAAGUCAAUCCUGAUGGUUUUGUUGCUCGGUUAAAAGCGCGCCUUGUAGCGAAAGGCUACACACAAACUUAUGGUGUUGACUAUGUUGAUACUUUUUCUCCUGUAGCAAAAAUGGCAUCUAUGAGGUUGUUUAUUUCAUUAGCUUCAAUCAAUCAUGGCCUUUACAUAAGCUUGAUAUUAAAAAUGCAUUUCUUCAUGGUGAUCUUCAAGAAGAGGUGUAUAUGGAGCAACCACCAGGGUUUGUUGCUCAGGGGGAGAAUGGAAUGGUGUGUCGACUUUGUAAAUCCUUGUAUGGAUUAAAGCAGAGCCCACGAGCUUGGUUUGGUAAAUUUAGUCAGGUGAUUGAAAGCUUUGGAAUGUGGAAGAGCAGGUCAGAUCAUUUAGUCUUUUUUAAGAGAUCUGAGGGUGGUGUCAUCUUGUUGGUCAUAUAUAUGGAUGAUACUGUGAUUACUGGUGAUGAUGCUUUAGGUAUCCAGUCUCUAAAGACCUUUCUUCAUAGUCAAUUCCAUACAAAAGAUUUGGGCAUGUUGAAAUACUUCUUAGGAAUUGAGGUAAUAAGAAGCAAGAAAGGAAUUCUAUUAUCACAGAGAAAAUAUGUACUUGACUUGUUGACUGAAACAGGAAAGCUAGGGGCUAAGCCAUGUAGUACCCUAAUGAUGCCCAACUUACAACUCACAAAAGAUGGAGAAUUGCUAAAAGAUCCUGAAAGAUAUAGGAGGUUAGUGGGAAAACUUAAUUACCUUACAGUGACUCGACCCGACAUAGCUUAUUCAGUAAGUAUUGUGAGUCAGUACAUGUCAU